GUUAAAAAAUAAAAUAAAAAAAAAACCUCACAGCAACCGUUUGCACGAGCUUAUGAUUUUGAAGGCAGGUUUUUGUUUAUUUUUGCUUUUUUUUAUUACACAGACGCUGAAACAAAUACUUUAUUAGUUUGAUACUUUUAUGGCUCAGGAUCACAAAAGAAGGCAUGAAUAAGGAGAGAUAAGUUAGCUAGCGAGCUAAUAGGCUAACAGGCUAAUAGUGUAAGUGUGUGUGUUUUAGAGCUACAUUAGAGCCUCUUUGUGGAUUCACACACACUCCAGGUCACUGUUUGAGUGUUUAAACAGCAGAAAUGCCUAUUAAACUGACCACUCAGGCCUACUGUAAGAUGUUACUCCACGCUGCUAAGUUCCCUCAGUGCGCCGUCAACGGUCUGCUGGUGGCUGAGAAGCACAAGGAGAAGAAGAAAGAAGGCCCUGGUGUGUGUGUGCUGUGUGUGGACUGUGUGCCUCUGUUUCACGGCUCUUUAGCUCUCGCACCAAUGCUCGAAGUGGCCCUUUCUCUGAUUGAUACGUGGUGUAAAGAAAACAAAUACGUCAUCGCCGGUUACUAUCAAGCCAACGAACGCAUAAAGGAUGCGAGGCCUGGUCAAGUUGCUGAAAAGGUCGCUACGAGGAUUUUAGAAAACUUCAGCGACGCAGCCAUGAUCAUCGUGGACAACAGUAAGUUCACCAUGGGAUGCUCCACGCCGGCGCUUUCCAUCUACGAUCAUUCUGACAAUAAGUGGAAGUGCAGAGAUCCGAGCGCAGACCAGUUCGAGGACUGGACAGAAGCUCAGAAGAUCACAUCCACCUUGCUGGAGAACAGAUCCCACGAAAACCUCAUAGACUUUGACGACCACCUGGACGACCUCAGGAACGACUGGACGAACCCCGAGAUCAACAAAUCCGUGCUACAUCUAUGCUGAAGGUGGCGUCCAGCCAGGGGCCGUUUCACCCCGUCGAGCCGUCAGCGCCAGCAUGGGUCGCGUUCUCGUUACCGUAUAAUGAUUCACACGUGGAGGGAAAAAGCGCAGAGAUGUGCAGAUUUUUUUUUUUUUUCUUCUUAAAACACAUUUCUAAAGCGGGACGUUAGAGCGUCGUGUGCUGUGAGGGAUUCAGAGCAGCAGGAAAGAUUUUACACAUCUACAACUUUUCAUUUUUGAUCGAUUGGUUAAAAAUUUGUUCACUGCUCCAAUUACACGCUUUCGUUUCGUCACACUUUUUCUUUAUUCGCUAAAAAUUUCACUCCGUUUUUAAUCCGAAUCAGAACAGAACUUUACACACCGGGAAAUGCUGAGGUUUUCUCUGGCUUGGAUUUCCCCUUAAUCAAUAUUAAAACCUAGAGAUUUGAAGAAUUUGAUCGGUUCCUUUGCUUUUAUUUUAAAAUUAAAUAUCCUUACAAAAUACAGCGGUAAAUUUAUACAGUCGUUUGCAAACCAGCUCUUUUUAAACGUAGCCUCAAAGAGACGGUGAAUAACGAAAUCCUUCAGUCAUUAAUGUCACGCUUUCACUUCACUUCAUGACAUUGAACGUGAUUUAAUAUAUUUAACCAGUUUAUUAUGUGACAUUUAUCAAAACAAUUAAUAAGUCUUAAUCUAUAAAACCACUUUUUAAGCUCUGCCAUAUUCAGGUUUAGUUUUUUAAAGCGCAGUCGAUAUUUGUGUGUUUAAAAAGUUAAUAAUAGUGCAGUAAUAUUCAUGAAUUAAUGACAGAUAGGAACAUGAUGUUUGUUUAUUAUUAUAAUCCGGUUUAAGAUCUCCGUGAUUAAGUUUACCUUUUGUAAAACAAAAUGCGAGAAUAAAAUGUUUUUAAGCAACCGUC